AUGAGUCUACCAUGCACGUCAUCCUCCGGCGGGAUGGGAAGUGCGCUGAAACUUCUGUUAGUUGCCGCGGUACUGCAGGUAGCAGGUACAUCACAAACAAGCUCAGCCACCUUCGUAACGAUAAACCGGUGUGAAGAACAUCCCGUCCCGCAGCUAAACUUUGUGGAACGGUCGAAGAUACCGGUCGACUGUCGAUGUCCAGUCGGGUUUACCGCGUUGCGGACAUACGAGCAGACGAACCGAGCGCUAUGUGUCGGUAUCCGUACGGCAGGACCCUGGCAGGAUGGCUGUGUUCAGUCCGGUACCGCUACGGACUAUUACGAUCUGGAUGAAGCUGAGAUGGUUGAGGUGCGGAAGUUUCUGCUUACCAUGAACGUCUCCGAGUGGUGGAUCUCUGCGAGGAGACUACUAAAGUAUGGCGAGCUGGUACGACGACUCCCUGGUCCUAAAUGGAAUGCAGCUGUUACGUUACCAAAGCGAUCUCCACUGACGCUACCUGAGUCGGACUACAGCAAAGACCAAGACUGUGCUACAGUACGCAUCGAUCAACAGUCCGAACAGCUGUUGUUCCACAAUUGCUCCGCUAUCCUGCCGCAGCUAUGUGUAUACCGGGAAGCUAGCAUUCUUCAGCUGCAUUGUGAUGCGAACGAGUUUACAACGCGAUAUUCAAGCCUCCAGCGCUACUGUUUCAGUAUUAGAAAGAGCAGUUUGAACAUUGUUAGUAUGCUAAGGUUGGCGAUGACGGCGAAUGGAAACUUUUCGAUUGAUAACAACCGAAAGGGGCAGUUGUUGGUUGAAAUGUACGAUGCUUCGAAGGAGUGUAGCAAUAGCUCCAAUCUGGUCUACGUUGAUCAAAAGGACAGUACGCAUCAUGCACAUAGGCGAGAUGUAAGCGAUACCAAAACCAUGCCCAAUAGAGACCUCGCAGAGUUCAGAGAUCUCAUCCCGAUCGUAUCUUCGGAUCUGCAGAGCUUUGCCUGUGGCGCACACCAGCGGGUACAAAUUGAGGGCGACAGUUUAGCCACUGCCGAUGGUACAGGCCCCGGUAUGUAUCUGUACUUUGAUAAGGCACGCCAUAAACUCUUCCUCACCGUGUACGGUAAGCGGUGGUUCUGGCGUGAGGAUCAUUCCAGCAACGACGGUGUCUUAUGCUUCACCAACGCCAACGACGAACAGUUAAAGAAUAUGAAGUUAAAAAAGUUGCGCGAGUCUCACGUCACGUGGGGAGAACCGGAACGUAACGUUAAUCGUCUCGCAGCGAACCGCACGAUAUACGAGGUGAAACUGGAAAAGAACGCUCCGCCACGAUCGUACUGGUGCGAGGCACAUCUGGUACCAGAUUUCACCCUUGUUAAAACCGAUACCGUGCUGGCCCAUCGGAAAGCGGACUGUAGGAGGUACUUUUCCGCCACGGUCGAACUACUGCUGAAUCGUUCCAGUUCCCAGCCACCGGACACGUUGCGUCUGAAAGAGUACGACAAAAAGAUCGAAGAGUACUUCAAAAUCCACCGCAAGCAACUGCCAGCGCUGAAGCACAUCUUUGCCGCAAUCAAAACGACCCGCGUGAAGCGGGUGGAGAACUUCUGGAAAUCGGCUAACAAUGAUUGGUACACCGUGCGGCUGCUGCUGCACAUCGCCACGAAGUGUGCGAAGGACUUGGACAAAGCAGAACUAUCGGAGCCCGAGAGCAAUGAAAUCGACCUACCAGAAGAAUAUUUGGACUACUAUCAAAUGCAUAAAAGCUUAACUUUCGCACUCGAGUCACUAACUGGUGAUGGUUUUCGAUUCCUUGCGACCAACAGCACAGAGUACUGCCUGCCGGAAAGUCUCAAGCACGCCCAGGGGAAAAAUGUGUGGUGGCCUGCACGGUUAGGUGAAACGGUUGCGCCCCGAAAUCUCUGCCUGAUCGAGCACAGCGGACUACCGAUCGCAAGACGCUGCCUGGGCGACUACCUGUACGGAUGCGCCUGGGACUGGAACUCGGGCAGCGAACUCUGCUCCAAUCAAAAACGUCCCACAACGGACCUGCUGUAUCGGUACAGCGUUGGCCAGCUGAACGAAAGUGUGCUGGGGGAUGUAUUCAACCGGGCGAGCGAUGCAUUGGCCCUCCCGGAGGACGUCAUCCCUGCCGAUCUGUUCUACAUCUCAAAAACGCUCGAAAACGUACCAACGCUGCUCGACACGACCGUGGCGGCUGCGGAGGGUCGGGAAGACCCCGGUAGACAUUACUUCUGCAACGUUAGCAACAUCCUGAGCCGGGUGAUGUAUCUGAACGAAACGACCGUGGUGUUAUCGCAGAGGGCACUGAACACCACCAACAUUUUGCUGGACGCUACCGAAACCAUUGUGAACCAGUUGGCAUUAUCCCAUGAUACGUCGGCAUUGAUGCAGGGCGAUCAGUACGAUUGUCAGGCACCGGGUACGGUACAGCAGCACCGUCAGAAUGAUGGCACGGUGCUGUUUCGUACCGCGAGGUUGAUUGUGUUGAUAGCAGAUCCCAGUGUGGCGAACGUGACAGGAUUAGCCCUGUUCCGAGGUGAAAAGACUCCUCCAGAAUCUGACGUCGUUUCGGAUGGGUUGGAAGCGGACGAGCAUGAAGACUUUCACGGUUAUAGACUGCGGUACUUGUACAUGAACCAAUCGAUCGAGUCACUGCUGGUGGAAAGAGAUCUUGAAAUAGGAUCGUUCAUUCCGCAGCACGUAAUUGAAGGACUGGAUGAGCUAAAUGAAGCACUCGCCGCAACUGAAGAGGAAGCGGAUCCCGAUACUAUUGAGGUUGGCACUACACCGCCCAGUGAGUCGCAGGAGCCGAUGCCGACUGCACCACCGCUGCGCAUUAUCAUCACCAUCUACUACAACGAUCACGCCUUUCGGGAAACGAAAAAUGGUACCAUUGCGCGGCCCAACUCGAAGAUCAUCAGCGUUAACUUGCCGGGGUACGGUUCGCGAAUGCCGGACGAGAUACCGAUCUACACCCGCGAACUCGUCCGUGAUCGUGCGGGACGUUGCGGCUAUUGGUCGUUCGAUGCGACAAAUUCGACCGAGUUCGGGCACUGGUCGUACGAUGAGUGCCGGCUGCUAAACAGUUCCGGCACCCUGUCGCUGUGCGGGUGCUUCCACCUGACGUCCUUCUCCCGCCUGACGAAGGACAUCCAGAUGGUGGAAACGGUGGGCGUUUCGCAGAAGUUUAUCGCGGACAAGGGUACACUUGCGCUGGACAUCAUAUCCGCGAUCGGUUGCUCGAUGUCUUUGCUCGGCGUGGUGGGCAUCUUCGCCACCGCCAUACUGUUCCCGACCUGGCGCUCGAAGGCGAGCAGCAAGAUACUACUGCAGCUGUCGUGCGCGAUCGCGAUCGAGAUGAUUAUCAUCUUUCUCGAGGGUCCGGACAUUGAUCAGAACCGGAUCAGCCAGAUCGAAUGCGCACUGCUCGGUGCGAUCUUCCACUACAUCAUACUGGUGACGUUCAUGUGGAUGCUGAUCACCGCCUACCUGCAGUUUAUGCGCUACGUUAAGGUGCUCGGUCAGCUACGGCCGGCCCAUUUCAUCCUGAAGGCAACGGUCUGCUGUUGGGGUGGCCCUCUGCUGGUGGUCACCUUGUUUCUCUGCCUAGACUACACGCUGUAUCUGAAGCGCGACAACCUGUCGGACAUCUGCUACCCGCACGGUACCGCACUCUGGUACGGGUUGCUGCUACCGAUCGGAUUGAUCAUAUUCGUCAAUCUCGUCAGCUUUGUGAUAGUGAUGUACCACAUCUUCACGAUACCGAACAACCUGACCAAGACGGCCGACCACGCAAUGACGCUGGCCCAGCUGCGUCUGUCCGUGUUUCUGUUCUUUCUGCUCGGGCUACCGUGGAUAUUCGGCAUGCUGACCACCGGCACGGAGGACAAGCUGUUUGCCUACCUGUUCUGCCUAACCGCACCGAUACAGGGCUUCAUACUGUUCGUGUACUUCGUCAUUAUGGACCCGACCGCUCGCCGGUUUUGGUACCGGAAGUUGCAACGCCUGCCGUGUAUUGCGCGCCCGACCAAACAAGCGGAUGGCGAACAGACGACAUCACAAAACACUUCAUUCAAUACGUAUCUUUGAUCGGGAUCUUUUCGUUGUGUGUGUGUGUACGCACUACUGCCGACGUCUUUGUGUUUGAUCCAAGCGGAUAUGGUUUUGAUAGUAGCUUCGAUCACUAAUGACUUAGACGACUCCUCCUACUACUGUCUUCCUGCUCAGGUACGGUCGCGUCAAACACUGCACAUCGUACCAUAUUUAUUGAAACAUUCCUUCUCAUCAACCACCCAAACACCUAGCUGCUAGUAUCUCUAGACUCUCCGGUCGGUAGUGAAGUAUCCCAGAUAGUCUUACCUUUAAUGUUCUACUGCUGUCAGACACCGCCCGCAACGCGUCAGUGGAUUGCUUGGCAUCAGAUAACGCCAACCGAAUAAAUUUAAAACAAAACAGAGCGAAAAUCACCAAUGUACACACGUUGCACACAGCACACACACACAGUUUGCUCUGGCGCACUUUCUUGCGCGUCCUCCCGUCUUAAGAUCAACCGAGAGACUAAAAGUCGCCACAGGUCACGCAUGAGCUGCUAGCUUGUUGUCGCGAGCCGUUGGUACGCGCAGCGGUACUACUAGCGGCCGCAAGAUCCGCAUUGCCUAUUAACGUGCUUAGGAGCGCAAAAGUAAAAUACCAUUAUCCAAUCAAGCUACAAAACAGCCAACCACUUGAAGGAUACCGAAGUGGAUUGCUCGCAUUAUUCAAUUUAACGGAAGUGUAGGCACCGUGGUGACGUGUGAUACACACGUCUUGGUUUGCACUGUUGCGUUCGCUUCACCGGUGCUACUACCCCCGGUCCCAAUUGCAGCUGGUGGUCCGGUCCUUCGCAGAUGUGUGCUUAUGCUCAUUAACUUACAUCAAUACGACCGGAAUCCCAAGAGCCCUAAGGUAGAUGUGAAGAUGUCACACACCCGUCCUAUCCCUACUUGGGAUUGAUUUGUCCUGUUUGAGGAAUUUACUCG